AAAAAAAAAAAGAACCUUUUUGUUUUGUUUUCAUUAUUGGGUUGUUGUGUCUCUUUUCUUCUUUCGAUCGAUGUCGGAAAAGGAAGAACUUCCGUCGACUUCAAAGUCCACCGGAGCUCCGUCGCGACCGACUUUAUCUCUCCCUCCACGACCCUUUAGUGAGAUGUUCUUUAACGGUGGAGUUGGAUUCAGCCCUGGUCCGAUGACUCUUGUCUCAAACAUGUUUCCCGAUUCCGAUGAGUUUAGGUCUUUCUCUCAGCUCCUUUCCGGUGUCAUGCCUUCUCCAGCUCCUCCAUCUACGGCGGCAGCUAGUGAAGAUGGGAAUAAUAAUAAUAGCUCGAGUGGUGGUGAAGUUGACCCGAGAUUCAAGCAGAGUAGACCCACCGGUUUGAUGAUUUCUCAGUCUCCGUCGGCGUCGACGAUGUUCACCGGAACGCCAGGGCUAAGUCCGGCGAUGCGGCUUGAUUCACCGAGCUUCUUGGGUCUUUUCUCUCCCAUUCAGGGAUCAUAUGAAAUGACACAUCAGCAAGCUCUAGCACAAGUCACAGCACAAGCAGUUCAAGCCAAUGCUAAUAAUAUGCAACCACAAACCGAGUACCCUCCUUCCUCUCAGGUUCAAUCAUUUUCGUCAGGUCAACCUCAGAACCCGACCACAGCUCCGAAUUCUUCAGCUCCAAGAGAAACCUCAGAUAUGACCAUCGUUGAGCACAGGUCACAGCAGCCUCUAAACGUUGACAAACCAGCUGAUGAUGGCUAUAACUGGAGAAAGUAUGGGCAAAAGCAAGUUAAAGGCAGCGAGUUUCCUAGAAGCUAUUACAAGUGCACGAAUCCUGGAUGUCCUGUCAAGAAGAAGGUUGAGAGAUCUCUUGAUGGACAAGUAACGGAGAUUAUCUACAAAGGUCAGCACAAUCAUGAACCUCCUCAAAACACUAAGCGAGGCAACAACAGAGAUAGCACAGCUAAUCUAAAUGGGAGUUCGGCAUCACAGUUUCAAACCAGUAAUAAAACCACGAGGGAACAACAUGAAGCAGCAAGUCAAGCUACAACAGAGCAAAUGUCUGAGGCAAGUGACAGUGAAGAAGUUGGUAAUGGAGAAACUGGUGUGAAGAAGAAAGUUGAAGACGAGCCUGAUCCCAAGAGAAGAAGUACAGAAGUUCGAGUUUCAGAACCAUCUGCUGCUGUUGCUGCUUCACAUAGAACUGUGACAGAGCCUAGAAUCAUUGUCCAAACGACAAGUGAAGUUGAUUUAUUAGAUGAUGGAUAUAGGUGGCGUAAAUAUGGACAGAAAGUCGUCAAAGGGAAUCCUUAUCCAAGGAGUUACUACAAGUGCACAACACAGGGAUGUGGAGUAAGGAAACAUGUGGAAAGAGCAGCAACAGAUCCUAAAGCUGUAGUAACAACAUAUGAAGGAAAACAUAACCAUGACCCUCCAGCAGCUAAAUCAAGCAGCCAUGCCGCUGCUGCAGCAGCACAGUUAAGGCCAGAAAAUCGUUUGGCCAACUUAAAUCAGCAACAGCAACAGCAGCAGCAGCCUGUUGCACGCCUAAGGCUGAAAGAAGAGCAAAUAAUUUAAGAGAAGAAAAACUCUGUAUAUCUCUCUAUCAACUCAAAUUCCACUCUGAUCUUCUUUUCAUGACAGAGGUUUCAACUUUGAUGGAAUCUUUUGGUGAAGUUGAACAGGUAAAACUAUAUACACUUGUCUGAGAAAUCUAGCAGUUUACAGGAAAGGAGGAGUUCUUCAGGAAGGGUUGUAAACCUUAAAGCUUUGUAGGUUCUUAAGAUGUUUGUUUUACUUAUGUGGAUUCUUUUGUACAUGAGGAAGAAAACUACAGGUGGGAAGGGAUUGUGUUAUUGUUUCAGAGGAUAGAUUAUAACAUUAUGUGGAUGAAUUUAUCUGUUGUAAUAUUUUGUUUGUUUAUUUUUAUGGUAUUGCAUUAUUAACCCAG